AGGAGGGCUUCACUUAGGAAACAAGACAGAGCCUGGGUGAGGAGCUCCAACUUUACCGGUCAGCCGAAGCUUUGGUCCGUUUGAUAUUUCCAGCAAAGACCUUCUCCAGGGAACGACUACUUUUUUUGAAGUACUUUCCUAUAAGAAAUGGCAAAAGUUAAUUUGAGCGUAAUGGCUCUUGGGCUCACGCUGCUUCUGUUGGCGGAGACUUGGGCCCAGAAUCCCAGGAAGAGACUGGCAUCUCUGAAGUCCUCCAAGAAUCAGUGCUGCAACGAUGUGCAUUCACUGAAGGUCCAGGUGGCCAAUCUGACCAGUAUCCUGGACGAGAUGAGUCGCAAGCAGGAGACCGACUUGAUGAGCGUUGUUAGGCAAGUAAUGGAGCUGGACAAGCAGAACCGGCACCAGGAAGCCCGGGUCACGGAGGCGGAGAGCAAGUACUCUGAAAUCAACAACCGAGUAGAGAUCAUGCAGCUGCAAACCCUGCAGUCUGCCACUCAGACUUCAUCAGAUGCCAUAUAUGACUGCUCAUCCCUGCUGAACAGCAAGAACUACAAGAUCUCUGGCGAGUACAAACUUCCUAAAGAUGAGUUUCUGGGUACACCUGAGUUAAGCGUCUUCUGUGAUAUGGAAACCAAUGGAGGCGGUUGGACUCUGAUCCAGAGGCGCAAAGUAGGCCUGACAUCAUUUAACCAGGACUGGAAGCAGUACAAAAAAGGAUUUGGAUCUAUCCGCGGAGACUUCUGGUUAGGCAAUGACAACAUCUUCCGUCUAACAAGGCAGCCCACUGUGCUCAGGAUUGAGAUGGAGGACUGGGAAGGAAAGACGCGCUACGCCGAAUAUGGCUUUUUCAGUGUGAGUAAUGAGCUGAACAGCUACAAGCUCUUCCUUGCCAACUACAGUGGGAACGCUGGAGACUCCCUGCGCUACCACAACAACACCAACUUCAGCACCAUGAACAAGGACAAUGACAAAUGUGUGGACCAUUGUGCUUCCAUGCGCAAAGGUGGUUACUGGUACAACUGCUGCACUGACUCAAACUUGAACGGCGUAUUUUACCGCUACGGUCAGCACACAAAGAAGUCAGAUGGGAUCAAUUGGUACGGUUGGCACGGGUCCAACUACUCCCUCAAGAAAGUGGAGAUGAAGAUCCGGCCAGUGGAUUUUCAACCAUAAGUGCUUCAGCUGUGUCCUGGACCAAGAUCAUACGCAUGAAUGCUGAGAGAUAUCACUAAUACAUGUUCAACCAAACUGUGGCUUACCCCCUCGACUGCGAGAGAAACGAAAAUGUCGUUUGUGAUGGUCUGAUUGAGUUUCAGUCAAAUGAAUGUGUAAUGUUUUUUUGCGGUGUUUGAUUGUAAAUUGUAGUUAAUUGUAUUUAUCAGUAAAAUAUUUUAUUUUAAAAAAAGCUUUGAUAGAUGCUCUUUUACCACUGUCCUGUAUCGGUGACUGGAUUUUGAUUCCUUGUCUCAUUUGUCUUGAAAGCACUAGGAUGCUAGUUUCAGUUAACACAAGCAAUUUAUGGGUAGUAUAAAUAAUCUUUCCAGAGUGGUUUGGUUCGAGGUAAAUCAUUAUGGACUGGUAGGAACUAAUUAAAAAGUUCUAUGUGUGUUGAUGGAAUGGGAUCAACCAACAAAGGUAUUUCCUAUGAAUUACGCUGUAUUUUAUUGUAAAACCCUAACCAUUGAUGACAGAAAUGUGUCAUUUGUAAAAUGUGUACAGCUCUGUAAUUAUGUUGUUUUAAUGUAAUAGAAAAUAAACAUAUUUUUUAAAAGAA